CUUACAAAAUAAAGUGGAAACGAUAAAAAGAGAUCACGGUCUUCCUUAACUCGUAAUGUUCUUUUUGGCUGGAAUAACUACUCAAUGAAAAGGCUGGUCUGUACUACUUGUGUCUUGAGAAUUAGUACAAAAAUCAGUAUGUUGGUUAGUACUGUCUCAAUCUUUUGGUAUACUAGAUUUGAGAUACAAAUAUUUGGUUAACUCGAUUUUUAAUUUUUCUGAUUUAAAUGUUUCAGAUAAAAUAUUCAGGUAACCUAGUUAUCUGGAUAAUUCCGUUCACAAAUAAUAUUUUUGGGAUAUUAGUAUUUUUAAAAUUAAAUAUAACUAAUAUUGUAGAUAUAAAUUAUAUUUUGGAUAUUCCUCUUAUACAUAUUUGGUUUUUGGUUCUUGGUUUAUAUGCUCAUUUAUUGGAGUCCAAUAAAUCUGGAGAGUCCACUACUUGAAACAACCAACGGUGAGGAUGCUUUAGUCGCUUUCCUGAGAUGGAACCCAAACUACAAUUAACCAAAGAUUAAAAGGCCAAACCGCUUAACGUGUCGACGGUAAUAAUGUCAAAGAAUCAAAUUGAGUCGGCUGAUACGAACGACGGCGAGAAUGUAAGGGUUGAUGCUCCCAUGGAGAUUCCUAAGAUCUCAAAGCUUGACAGACGAAUUGCUGACCCGAGGAUGAUGAAGAAGAGAAGAAUGAAACCUGAGUCUCUAACAUCUCUUAACAAUCUCGAUGAUGGUUGCCUCAUGCACAUCCUCAGCUUCCUAUCUCCAAUUCCAGAUAGGUAUAACACAGCACUCGUUUGCCACAGAUGGAGAUAUCUGGCGUGUCACCCUCUCUUGUGGCUACGCGUUGACCGUUUUGUGAAGGAUCUAUCCCAACCUGGAGUUUUCCAUGACAUUGAGUCAGCCGUAUCUGCAGCGAGAUUGGUGGAGGCGAGACUCCUGAUGAAACCACCCUCGUCUGUUCUCGAGGUUCAGACAGGUUUGGAGCUUAUAUUCCCUUUCAAGUCAUCUAGUUGGACCUGUUCUAUGUCUCCAUGCUUGUGUUUCUUUAUCUAUUGCAAAGAAAACUCUUUGGUAUACGGCUUUUUUUUGUUGUUGGGUUUCUUGUGCAGUGCCCUGGAACUGCUAUCAACCUGCAAGCUUGCAAACUUAACAGUGAAAGCCGAGCUUGGUUGCUGCUUGCUUCAUAGGAGUGGAAGGGUAACCAUUGAUGGAUGUGUGCUCCAAUGCGAAACAAACCCUUUGGAUCAUCUCUCAUGCCCAAUCGUGACCACUGCUGGAGAUGAAGAAGAGGAUAUCUUGAGCCAUGUGGAAGUGAAGGAAACUGUUGUUGAAAAGAUUAAAGGCAACAGUGUGAGUGUUUUGCAGACAAGGAUCGAGGGAGGUGCCAAGGCUGUUUUGACAAGCGGAGACUUGGUUCUGCAGCGUGUUAGAGUCAUUUAUUCCAAAGCUUACCUCUAUUUCUGGUUUGAUGUAGAUCAUAAGUGAAAGUGAAUCUUUAUUGUAUGUUAGAUUAGUACACCUUUUCUUCAACCUGUAAUAUUUUGUAUUAUGUGGGGAUGGUUGGUGUUAUUGGUCAUCAUCAUCCGCAUCAUCUCCCUGUGUACUUUAUCUUUAUAGAUCUCCUUUUGAAGACAGAACAUGUCCUUUGUUAAGAAUAAAGUUGUUUUGAUUAAACCUUUUUA